AGUUGCGGGUUGAUGGGCGUGUGGGAGUUUGUGGCCUGGCAGUAAGGCCCCCUUUGUUCCCCCAGCGUAUCCGAUGGCCAGACGUGCUUUCCCAGUUUCUGGUAGCGGUCUUUGCCCCCGCCCUUUGGUGCUUGCUAAACUAAACCGAAGCCGGGGACUUGGAUUGUUUUCCAUGCCAUUGUAACUUAGAAGUCCUGUAACCUUGAACCAGAGUCUGCCUUCGAUUUUCCUGGUUGAUUCUUUUUCGAUAUUUAGGUUCCUGUGGUAUACUGAUGAGCAGAACUCUUCCACUACAUACCUCAGUUUUGCCUAAGGAGAUAUAUGCAAGAACUUUCUUCAGAAUUGCUGCACCAUUAAUAAACAAAAGAAAAGAAUAUUCAGAGAGGAGAAUUAUAGGAUAUUCUAUGCAGGAAAUGUAUGCUGUAGUAUCAGGAAUGGAGGAUUAUAAGCAUUUUGUUCCUUGGUGCAAAAAAUCAGAUGUAAUAUCAAGGAGAUCUGGAUACUGCAAAACACGAUUAGAAAUUGGGUUUCCACCUGUAUUGGAGCGCUAUACAUCAGUGGUAACCUUGGUGAAACCACAUUUGGUAAAGGCAUCCUGUACUGAUGGGAAGCUCUUCAAUCAUUUGGAGACUGUAUGGCGUUUUAGCCCAGGUCUUCCUGGCUACCCAAGAACUUGUACUUUGGAUUUUUCAAUUUCUUUUGAAUUUCGCUCACUUCUUCACUCUCAGCUUGCCACAUUGUUUUUCGAUGAAGUUGUAAAGCAGAUGGUAGCUGCCUUUGAAAGAAGAGCAUGUAAGCUGUAUGGUCCAGAAACAAAUAUACCUCGGGAAUUAAUGCUUCAUGAAGUUCAUCACACGUAAAGAGAAAAAGGAAAUGGUCACCUACUUGUAACUAGUUUAUUCACUUUUAGGAAGUACUUUCAUCAUUUGCUUUCAGAAGUCAGAAAGCAUUUGUCAAACCCAGCUUUGAUUAUAAACCCGUACCAUUGAAAAUUUGCACUUGGAAUAUGGAACCACGUGUACAUAGAAUUCAAUCAAGUGUAAUUCAGAGUAAUAUGUAUAUUAGUAUAUUUACAAUAAUGGGAUGUCAUCACUAUUGCUAGAAUACUGACAUUCUUCUGAACAGAAAUUGAAACUGUAAAUCUAAACCUUUUAGUUAUCACAUCACCUGAAAGAGGUUGGUUGAGAUACUCAUGCAGUGUGUAUUAUAUUAACCAUAUCACUUUUAAGUUAUUAAAUUCAGACUAUUUAUAACUUAUUGUCUUAGGGUCUGCCUCACGGCUUAGGAUAUUUGAGUAAUCAUCAGAUGCUUAAAGUAAAAACUUUGACUUAAAAAUACUGUUAACGAAGGUUCCCUGGCACUUUUCUUAUUUUUAAAUUGUUCUUGUGGGUAGUAGUAGAUAAUUUGCUGUUACACUGAGGUUAGCUUCCAGAUAAACAGUGAUUUUUUUUUUUUUUUUUUUUUUUGGUGAGUGGUCCAGAGUUUUUUUUUUUUUUUUUUUUGCUGUACGCGGGCCUCUCACUGCUGUGGCCUCUCCCGUUGCGGAGCACAGGCUCCGGACACACAGGCUCCGCGGCCAUGGCUCGCGGGCCCAGCCGCUCCGCGGCAUGUGGGAUCUUCCGGGAUCGGGGCACGAACCCGUGUCCCCUGCAUCGGCAGGCGGACUCUCAACCACUGCGCCACCAGGGAAGCCCGUGGUCCAGAGUUUUAAGCUACUUUUCUCAUAGUUUGCAGCCCUCUCCCCGGUACUUCGACAUGCUCUUUCAAAAAUGCUGUUUGCAUGUCAAAUUUUGUCUACAGCAGUGGGCAGUAGAUGAAGAUAAUAAGCUGGUGUCCAAUUUUGUCUACAGCAGUGGGCAGUAGAUGAAGAUAAGUUGGUUGAGACGUCUCCAGCACCAUGCACCCUUAUUUUCUAUUUAUUGUGUGUACUCACUUUUAAUACAUUUCAAACUGAUAUUUUUGUAAACAAAUCAAUGUAAGGACUGAAGUGGUAACUUAAUAAAGUUAAUUUGUUUAUUUUUUGUACAGUUA